GCUUUUGGGCAAAGAGUUUUUGCGCCAAGUCUAUUCAUGUAUUCAUGAGUUCAAAGUAUAUAUAAGUUUAUAUGUAUAUAUAUAUAUAUAAUAUAUAUGAAUAUAUAUUUGUGUUAAUUUUGUGCAACAAAGAAUGAGUCUUGAUAAACUUUUGAUUUACCGUCAACAUUCUUAUCCUCAUGUUAACAAUGGGCAAAUUCAGCUUAUCUUUGGUCCAAUGUUUUCUGGAAAAACAACUGAACUUCUGAGAAGAAUUACUCGUUACAGUUUUGCUCGUUACAAGUGUUUAUUAAUUAAAUAUGAAAAAGAUAUUCGUUAUAGCAACAAUGGUGUUUCCACACAUGACCAACGAGUUCAUGAAGCUGUUGCAUGCACUGUUCUUCGAGACGUUAAGCAUUUAACUAAAGAGUUUGAUGUUAUAGGUGUUGAUGAAGGGCAAUUUUACCCUGAUGUUGUACAAUUUUGUGAAGAGAUGGCUGGAAUGAAAAAAACUGUAAUAGUUGCAGCUCUUGAUGGAGAUUUUCAACGUAAGCCUUUUGGCAAUGUGAUUGAUCUAGUUCCGUUAGCUGAGAGUGUUAUCAAGUUGUCAGCAGUAUGUAUGUGUUGUUAUGGAGAAGCCUCGUUUACAAAACGGUUGGGCUCAGAUACUAAGGUAGAAAUUAUUGGUGGCGCUGAUAAAUAUAUGGCAGCUUGUAGAGGUUGUCACAAAAAACAAAUUGAUGUCGUUGAUUAUAUAAAUCUAAGUAAAGAAGAAAAUCGUCAGCCAUUAGCAAGUAUUGAUAAUCGUCAAUUGACGAGAGGUAUAUUUCGAACAAAAGAGUCUGUUGCAAUAAAUUCUACUAUGUAGUUGUUUUUUUUGUUUGUUUUUUUCUACUUUUUUCUUUGUAUAUAAAUCAAAUAAUAAAAAAUUUAAAUUGUAAGUUAAUUAUGCUAAACUAUGUAAUAAGUAGUUAAUAUAAAUAGAAUGUUGUAAAUUUUUAGUUAACGAUGUAAAAUAUCGAUGACAUUAUCAUAACGACGUUACGUAAAUUAUUGCUGAAGUAAAUGUUACGAUGUUAAAUGACUUAUCUACUGAUGUAUUCAGGGAUUAAGUUAUUUUAAAA